AUGGGACGACCAAUCCGUCUUGGUGCUGUUUCUGGAUGGCAGGGAGAUCGCAAAGAGGCAAUGUUAGUACAAGCACUGGCAGAGCCUCGUGCAGAUGUCCUGAUUGGUGACUGGCUUGCCGAACUUACGGUUGGCUGGGCUGCAAGGGAGAGGUACAUGGACCGCGAGGUCAAUCCAAAUGAAAAGAUCGAUAAAUACUACGUCAAAACUAUCGUGGAGGUUUUCGACAAAGCAGUAGAAACCAUUGUCCAGCGUAAACAAAAGCUUAUCACCAAUGCGGGUGGACUGAGCCCCAAAGGUUGUGCAGAGGCUCUGGAGAAAGUACUGCAGGAGCACGGCCAUCAGCUGAAAUUGGCAUAUAUUGAGGGCGAUGACAUUCUUGAUCGCUUCGAAGAACUUGACCAAAAGCAUACUUUCAAGCACUUCGACAAUGACAAGGCACUGAACACGCUCAACAAGGGCGAUUGGGUCGGAGCUAAUGCCUACAUUGGAGCGUGGGGAAUCGUUGAGGCUCUACGAGGUGGCGCAGAUAUCGUCGUGACUGGAAGGAGCACUGAUGCUUCUGGCCUUGUGGCAGCAGCGGCGUGGUGGCACGAUUGGAAACAAGAUCAAUACGAUCAUUUGGCGCAAGCAGUGGUGUGCGGCCAUGUUAUGGAAUGCUCCAUGUACGCCACGGGUGGGAAUUUCUCGGGAUACAAGGCGCUUUUCGAGAAACCUCACGAUACAGCGUUCCCAAUAGCCGAGGUCAAUGCUGAUGGUUCCUUCGUGAUCACAAAAUCAUCCGAGAUGAAUGGUCUGGUCAACAAGCAAACUAUCACAGCGCAAAUCUUGUACGAAAUCCAGGGGAACAUGUAUCUAAACCCGGAUGUUCAGGUCGAUCUUCACCAUAUCAAGGUGGAGGAUGUAGGUCCCGACCGUGUCGUGGUAACUGGGAUCAAGGGUUAUGCUCCUCCAGAGACGGCUAAGUGUGCCAUCUUCGCAGCAGGCGGUUACCAGGCCGAAGCGUUUGCAUUUGCGACUGGGCUUGAGACUACAAUCAAGUUGAAGAUGUUCGAGAAGCUAUGUCGCUGCUGGCUGACCACGCAACCGCAAUAUAAAUUCACGACUCUUGAAUUCCAGCAUGUAGGAAUUCCGGCGGUAGAUCCUAAGAACGAGCCUGAGGCCACUUCUACCCUGCGUAUAUUUGCACAAGCCCACCGUUUGGAAGAUUUUCCACCAAAUGGUCUGCAGGCUAUGGUUGAGGGUCUAAGCUUGGGUACAUACCCUGGUUUUCAUCGUGCUCUUGACAUGAGGAAUACCCUUCCCAAACUCUACAUCGACUACUGGCCGUCUUUAGUUCCGGAACGCCACCUUAAACUGUCACUUACAUUCCUUCAUGGACAAACAAGGGCUCUCUCCCCACGUCCGCACACAAUCCCGGCCAUGAAAUCCGCAUCUUACGAUGCAAAAUCACCGUACGAGGACAAGUGGGGCCCGACAACGCGUGAACCGCUAGGCAGCAUUGUCAUGGGCCGCUCGGGCGACAAGGGAGGGAAUGCCAAUAUUGGCCUCUAUGUCCGACAUGUUGACGAGUACGAAUGGCUAAGGACGUUCCUAGAUGUGAAGAAGUUUGAGUACUUACUGGGUGACGAGAUGAAGCUUGUCACUGGAUUGGAAAGAGUGGAAUUCGAAGGCCUCCUUGCUGUCCAUUUCCUGGUUCGUGGUAUACUGGGCGAAGGCGUGUCAAACACGUCUCGUCUUGAUGCCUUUGCGAAAGCCAUGGGCGAGUUUGUGCGAGCACGUGUGGUGGACUUACCAGUAAAGUUCUUGAAUAGAGGUCGGAUAUAG